AUGACAGUGACUGCUGAAAUUGAGGCUUCUCCUAGUCGGGAUCCGAGAGCGUUUGAGACGCUGCUUCUCCAUGGAGGGAGAUUUCCCGACGUGUUGGGCAGUUGUGCUGUACCCGUUUACAAUUCCGCGCCCACGGUAAAUGUUCUUCAGAACCGCAUCGCUCUCCUGGAAGGAGGAGUAGCCGCUUGUGCGGUCUCGUCGGGGUCUGCGGCAGUGGCGUUGACGAUGAUGGCACUGGCGGGCACGGGGGACAAUUUCGUUUCCUCGUUCCAUGUCCACGGGGGCACUUUCCACCAAUUUAGCGUCUUGGCUAAACAGAUGGGCAUCGAGUGUCGGUUUAUCAAGUCCGAGGAUCCGCAGGCCUAUGCCGACGCCGUGGAUGAGCGCACCAAGUUUGUAUGGAUCGAAACCAUCAGCAAUCCCGGUAAUGUGAUCCCGGACUUCGAAGAGUUGGCCAAGGUGGCACGGGAAAACGGACUACCACUGAUUUGCGACAACACCUUCGGCUGCGCCGGAUAUUUCUGCCGACCUAUCGAUUAUGGGGUGGAUAUUGUGGUUCACUCAGCCACCAAAUGGAUUGGCGGGCACGGCACGACCAUCGGGGGUCUCAUCGUGGACGGCGGCACCUUCGAUUGGGGCCGGCACCGCGACCGGUUCCCCCAGUUCCACGCGACCGACACGCGCCUAUGGGAGAAGUUCGGCCGGCGGGCGUUCGCGAUGCGGUGCCAGUUUGAGAUCUUGCGGGACACGGGGAGCACACUCAGCGCGAGCUCGGCGCAGCAGCUGCUGAUCGGGCUCGAGUCGCUGGCCGUGCGAUGUCAACGCCACGCGGAAAAUACGCAGGCGCUGGCUGAUUGGUUGUGCGGCAACAGCAACAGCCAAAAGCGCCAGGUCAGCUGGGUCAACUAUAUCGGCCAUCCGGACCAUCCACAUCAUGCCCUUGCUAAGCGGUAUCUGCGGCGGGGGUUCGGGUCCGUGUUUACAUUUGGCAUCACGGGCGGUGUUGCGGCCAGCGCGAGGUUCUGCGAUGCAUUGAAAUUGGUGAUUAUUACGACGAACCUCGGAGAUGCUAAGACCCUUGUCGUUCAUCCUGCCAGCACCACACACGAGCAUUUCACGCCAGAGGAUCGCAAGGCCUGCGGGGUGACGGACGAGAUGAUUCGGUUGUCGGUGGGGAUUGAGCAGAUCGACGAUCUGCAAGCCGAUUUCGCCCAGGCUUUUGCUCAGCUCCACAUUCCGUGUGCCCCACAGCCGCCCGAGUUGGCUCUGCUGGAGGAGGCCCAGGAAGAAGUUGUGGCUGCGCUAUAUAAUUACCCACCAGGGAUUUUUAUGGGCAAUUGA